UUAUCUCUACAGAGCAACACGCUUCUAGACCGAAAUCGGGAUGAAACCGAGUUUAUAUUUAGGAUAUGUCAUACUUGGAUUUAUUUUAUUCUCCACGAAAGUUGCCGAAUGCAUCACUUGUCUUAAUUGCCAAAACAUUGCGGACCUAAGUACCUGUGAGGAUGUCCUUAUAUGCAAGGAAGACGAGGUAUGCUACAUUAACAAAGUUUUGUCAUUUUCAACUAAUCAACCGCUUUACAAUACUGGGUGUAAAAAGAUGGAGUAUUGCAAAUUGGAAUUCUGCAACAAGCUAGCGAAUGGCGGUGGUAAUUCUAGUCGAAAGAGGGCGACUGAAGAAGAUCUAACAUUAUGCUCAGAGUGUUGUUAUGAAGAUAGCUGCAAUACAGAAGGAUGUGGAUAUAAGCAUCCUCAAAAUAACAACACUAAAUGCUUUAGUUGUGAUGAAGUAUACGAAGGCGGACCACCUUGUAUUAACACAGUUGAUUGCGAUCUGAACUUAUAUGCAUGUUCAGUAACCCGACAUCUUAGAUCGAACCACCCAGGUGCAUAUGAACUUGGCUGUAAAUUUAAAAGAGCGCAAUGCGACAUGUUCCUCAGUCUGACAGCUGACCAGAAAGAUGAAAACGUGAAAUGUUGUGACACAACUCUUUGUAACACCAGUCCAUACAACAGAAAAGUCAACAAAACCGUCAUAGAUAUAGACUUUGAAUGUCCAACUGGAAUUGCACGCCCUACAACAACAACUGCAUCUACGACCACCCCAACAAAAGCACAAACAACAACAACCUUAGUCACAACUACAGUGACAACAACAGAACGACCAACAACCAGGCCACCGAUGUCUACACCAACGACCUCACCACCACCUCUGCCACCCACUAAACCAUCGGUAAACACUGCUAAAACAACCGUUGGCCUUCCAACGAAACCACAAACAAAGCAACCAACAACGAAAGUAAUAACAACACAACCGACAACAAAUGCAACAACAACACAAACUACAACGAAUGCAUCAACAACACAACCUGCAGCAAAAAUAACUACACAACCUACAGUGAAAACAACAACAACGCAGCCUGCAACGAAAAUAACAACAACGCUGCCUGCAACGAAAACAACGACAACAAAACCGACAACGAAUAUAACAACAGCAAAACUAACAAUGAAUGCAGCAACAACACAAACUACAGAGAAAACACCAACAACAAAGCCUAUAGUGAAAACAACAACAACAAAACCUACAGUGAAAACAACAACACAAUCUACAACGAAAAUUACAACAACGAAGCCUACAACGAAAAUAACAUUAACACAACCGGCAACAAAUGUAAUAACAACACAACAAACAACAGAUGCAACAACAAUAACACAAACUACAAUGAAUGCAUCAACAACACAACCUACAGCGAAAAUAACAACAACACAACCGAUAAUGGAAAUAACAACAACACAACCUACAGUGAAAACAACAAUAACACAACCUACAACGGAUUUAAAAACAACACAAUCUACAGUGAAAACAGCAACAACAGCACAAACUACAACGAAUGCAUCAACAACACAACCUACAGCGAAAAUAACAACAACACAACCUACAGAGAAAACAACGACAACAACACCUACAGUGAAAACAUCAACAACACAACCUGUAAUGGAAAUAACAACAACACAACCUAGAGUGAAAACAACGACAACAAAACCUACAACGGAAAUAACAACAACACAAGCUACAGUUAAAACAGCAACAACAAAGCUUACAGUGGAAACAACAUCAACAGAACAUACAACGGAAACAACAACAACACAGCCCACAGUGAAAACAGCAACAACAAAGCCUACAGUGAAAACAACGACAACAAAACCUAUAGUGAAAACAUCUACAACACAACCUAUAAUGGAAACAACGACAACUAAACCUACAGUGAAAACAUCAACAACACAACCUAUAAUGGAAAUAACAACAACACAAACUACAGUGAAAACAGCAACAACAAAGCCUACAGUGAAAACAACAACAUCAGAACCUACAACGGAAAUAACAACAACACAACCUACAGUGAAAACAACGACAACAAAACCUACAGUGAAAACAUCAACAACACAACCUAUAAUGGAAAUAACAACAACACAACCUACAGUGGAAACAGCAACAACAAAGCCUACAAUGAAAACAACAACAACAGAACCUCAAACGGAAAUAGCAACACAAAUUACAGUGAAAACAAAGUCAACAAAACCUACAGUGGAAACAUCAACAACACAACCUAUAAUGGAAAUAACAACAACACAGCCUAUAGUGAAAACAGCAACAACAAAGCCUACAGUGAAAACAACGACAACAAAACCUAUAGUGAAAACAUCAACAACACAACCUAUAAUGGAAACAACGACAACUAAACCUACAGUGAAAACAUCAACAACACAACCUAUAAUGGAAAUAACAACAACACAACCUACAGUGAAAACAGCAACAACAAAGCCUACAGUGAAAACAUCAACAACAGAACCUCAAACGGAAAUAACAACACAACCUACAAUGAAAACAAGGUCAACAAAACCUACAGUGGAAAUAUCAACAACACAACCUAUAAUGGAAAUAACAACGACAAAACCUAUAGUGAAAACAACAACAGAACCUAAAACGGAAAUAAUAACAACGCAGCGUACAACGAAAGUAACAGCAACAAAACAGACAACGAGAAUAACUACUUCACAAUUUACAGUGAAAACAACUACAACGAAACCUACAGUGAAAGCCAUUACAACAAAAUCUACAAUGGAAACAACAACAACACAACCGACAACGAAAAUAACAACAACGCAGCCUACAACGAAAAUAACAGCAACAGAACAGAGAGUGACUGUAAUAACAACACAACCUUCAACAAAUGCAGCAACAACACAACCAAAAAUGAAUUCAGCUGCAACACAACCUACAGCGAAAAUAACAACACAAUCUCCAUUGAAAAUAUCAACAACAAAAUCCAAUGUGAAAACAACAACACAGCCUACAACAAAAAUAACAACAACGCAGCCUACAACGAAAAUAACAACAACGCAGCCUACAACGAAAAUAACAGCAAUAGAACCGACAGUGACUGUAAUAACCACACAACCUUCAACAAAUGCAACAGCAACACAACCAAAAAUGAAUUCAGCUACAACACAACCUACAGCGAUAAUAGCAACACAAUCACCAUUAAAAAUAUCAACAACAAAUUCCGAUGUGAAAACAACAACACAACCUAGAACGAAAAUAACAACAACACAACCUACAACGAAAAAAUCAACAACACAACCGACAGCAAAUGCAACAACAACACAACCUACUGCGAUAAAAUCAACAACACAAUCUGCAGUGAACACAUCAGCAACAAAACCUGCAUUGAAAACAACAACACAACCAACAACAGAUGCAGCAACAACACAGUCUAUAGCAAACAUAACAACAACAAAGCCUACAGAGAAAACCACAACAACAAAACAUACACUGAAAACAACAACAACGCAGCCUACAACGAAAACACAACCUUCUGCGAAACUAACAACGACACUACCUACAGUGGAUACAUCAACAACAAAACCUACAGUGAUAACAACACCUCAAACGAAUACUACAACCACGCAGUCUACAACGAAAACAAUACAAUCAACAACGAAAAUAACAACAACAACAAAGCCUAUAGUGAAAACAACAUUAGCAGAACAUACAGUGAAAACAACAACAACUCCUACAACGAAAGUUACAACAACGCAGCCUACAACGAAAACAACAACAAGACAACCAACAUUAAAUGCGAAAACAACACAACCGACUGUGAAAUUAACAACAACAGAGCCUACAGUGAAAAUAUCAACAACAGAACCUACAGAGAAAACAACAACAGAACCAACAACGAAAAUUACAACAUCGCAACCUACAACAAAAAUAACAGCAACACAACCUACAUCGAAUGCAACAACACAACCUACAGGGAAAACAACAACAACAACUAAACCUACAGUGACAACAACAUCAACAACACAGCCUACAACGAAAAUAACAACAACACGACAGACUACAAGAAUAGCAACUAUGCAAUCUAUGGUGAAAACAACUACAACACAACCUACAACGAAAUUAACAACAGUUCUGCUUACAACCAAAAUAACAACAACACGACCGACAACGACAAUAACAACACCCACUACAACACUUGCAGCUUCACCAGACCCUCCACCGAAAUCAUUACCGCCGAUCAUUUGAGAAUAAGCAUUGAAUAUUCUAAAACUUUACGUUUGAAGAAUUUGAUAAGUAUAUACUAGCAUGAAUCAAAA